AUGUCCGCUACUCCAGCAAUCCGAACAGUUGUCGGUGGCGACUCGACGAGCCAGGAGGCUCAAGACUACAUCCACAGAUUCCGCAUCUUAUUCACUGCUCUCACGCAUGCAAGCAAACGUCAGAUCAGAAAGCAGGCUAGCUUUGAAGACCUUAAGGAAGCCGAGCUUCGAUCUUUCACCAGAGCCCACUUCAAGCUUAAGACUGUUCCAGGCAUAGUUUGUGCCAAGGUGGCCUUCUUCGGUUGCGAGGCGUUCAAGGCAGCUAUCGACGACCUAGGCACUCGUCGCGUUAUGGAUUUUGCUCGCCAUGAGGCCGAUGUGUUGGAAGAGCUGGCGAAGAAGGAGGACGAGAAAGAUGAAGACAUCGUGGCGUCGAAGAACAGUGUCAACUGGAUGGUGGAGUUCGUGACUCUGUGGAUUGAUGCGGCAAACUGA